AUGGCGGCCAACGGCGCAAAAGGCAGUGACUCACGGCCUGUGUUUUUCUUCGACAUUGACAAUUGCCUUUAUUCGAAAGCAUGCAACAUCCAUGAUGAGAUGCAAAAAUUGAUCAAUAAAUUCUUCUGCAAGCAUCUAGAUCUCAAUACUGAGGAUGCGCACAUGCUCCACCAGAAAUACUACAAGGAAUACGGACUCGCCAUUGAGGGCCUUACCCGCCACCACAAAAUUGACCCGCUGGAAUUUAACUACGAGGUUGACGAUGCCCUUCCCCUCGAUAAGAUCUUGAAGCCGGAUCCCAAACUGCGGAAGCUGCUCGAGAGCUUGGAUACUAGCAAGGUGAAGCCGUGGCUUCUCACCAAUGCCUAUGUGAAUCACGGCAAGCGUGUAGUGCAACUUCUGGGCAUUGAGGAUCUUUUCGAGGGUAUUACCUACUGUGACUACGGGAAAGUGCCAUUGGUUUGCAAGCCUAACCAGGAAAUGUACGACAAGGCGGAGAAAGAGGCCGGUGCACCGAGCACGGAACAGUGCUAUUUUGUCGAUGACUCACACCUUAAUUGCACACAUGCGCAAGCACGGGGCUGGACUACUGUGCACUUGGUUGAGCCGGGCAUCCCAAUUCCACGAGUCCCCGCCUCGAGAUACUUGGUUUCGAAUCUUGAGGAGCUUCGGAUCCAUUUCCCCCACCUCUUCAAGUCCCAGGAGAGCAACAAUGCUUAG